ACCCGGCUGUUUCUUGAUAGCAAAGAAACUCUCUAUAUUUUGGCGAGCUAGGCUUUCUGUGUGACAUACUUGAAGAAACAAAAAGGAAACUUCCGAAGAAUCAAAAUCGAAGCAACAGAAUGAGCAGCAUAGGAACAGGCUACGAUCUGUCGGUCACUACAUUCUCUCCAGAUGGUCGCGUUUUCCAGAUCGAGUACGCCGCCAAAGCGGUCGAUAACAGCGGGACUGUCAUAGGAAUUAAAUGCAAAGAUGGGAUCGUUAUGGGAGUGGAGAAGCUAAUUGCGUCGAAGAUGAUGUUGCCUGGUUCUAAUAGAAGAAUCCAUUCUGUUCAUCGUCAUUCCGGCAUGGCUGUGGCAGGAUUAGCAGCUGAUGGGAGACAAAUUGUUGCACGGGCAAAGAGUGAAGCCACAAGUUAUGAAAGUGUGUAUGGUGAACCAAUUCCUGUGAAAGAACUUGCUCAACGAGUUGCUAGUUAUGUGCAUCUAUGUACUCUAUAUUGGUGGCUCAGACCUUUUGGAUGUGGAGUAAUUCUAGGAGGUUAUGACAGAGAUGGGCCACAAUUGUACAUGGUUGAGCCAUCUGGUGUUUCCUAUAGGUACUUUGGUGCUGCAAUUGGAAAGGGAAGGCAGGCAGCCAAGACAGAGAUUGAGAAGUUGAAACUUUCUGAGUUGACCUGCCGCCAAGGAGUUAUUGAAGUAGCCAAGAUUAUUUACGGAGUGCACGAUGAGGCAAAGGACAAGGCUUUUGAAUUGGAAAUGAGCUGGGUCUGUGAUGAAUCAAACCGCCAGCAUCAAAAGGUUCCGGAUGAACUUCUUGAGGAAGCUAAGGCGGCAGCUAGAGCUGCAUUGGAAGAAAUGGAUGCGGAUUAGUGCAGUGGAGCUCUUAUAUUUGUUUAACAGUUUCAUGGUAUUUCUUGAAACCAUCUCAGAACAUUUCAAAAUAUGUAUGAAAUAGAUGGUGAAUUUGGUGACUGGUACUUUAGUUGUUAGUUUUUAAGUAUGACUCACCAAAUUUUUGGUGUUAAAAGAUCUGCUUUUCUUAAAAUGAAAAAAAAAAAACGAUUUCAAUC